AGCUCGUUCCUCUUCUCAACCCAACUUCAACACUGCAUAGUCACACCAGCACUCGCCAUGGCUUCCUUUGGCGAACCUCCUCCGGAUGCCGGCUCCGACGUCCGCAACGAAGUCAAGAAGCCCAAGAAGAAGAAGGUCCUCCUCAUGGGCAAGUCCGGCUCCGGAAAGUCGAGUAUGCGCAGCAUCAUCUUCAGCAACUACAUAGCACGCGACACUCGACGACUAGGCGCCACCAUCGACAUCGACCUCUCCCACGUCAAGUUCCUCGGCAACCUUACGCUCAACUUGUGGGACUGCGGCGGCCAGGAAGCUUUUAUGGAGAACUACCUCUCCCAGCAGCGCAUCCACGUCUUCUCCAACGUCGGCGUCCUCAUCUACGUCUUCGACAUUGAGUCGCGCGACGUCGACCGCGACCUCGCUACCUACGUCUCCAUCCUCUCCGCCCUGCUGCAGUUCUCGCCCACGGCAAAGAUCUACAUCCUCGUCCACAAGAUGGAUCUCGUCGUGCCCAAUGCCCGCGAGACCGUCUACGACGACCGCGUCAGGCUUGUCCGCCAAAAGACGGUCGAGUUCGUCAACUCCGUCGGCGUCGACAUCAGCACCGUCGACCUGACGCCCUUUGCCACGUCCAUCUGGGAUCAGAGCUUGUACAAGGCCUGGGCGUCCAUCAUCCACGACCUGGUCCCCAACCUCGCCGUCAUCGAGCGCAACCUCGCUAAUCUCGGCGUUGCCAUCGAGGCCGAGGAGCUCCUCCUCUUCGAGCGCACAUCCUUCCUGGCUGUCUCGUCAUGGACAUCGCCCGAGGGCCUCCGCAACCCCACCGAGGACCGCCUCGAGCGCAUGUCCAACAUCAUGAAGCACUUCAAGCAGAGCAUCUCCCGCUUCACCGGCACGCCUCGCAAUGCCGAGCAAUUCAUCCGCAUGGAGCACAAAGCUGGUAUGCGCUUCAGCCUCUUCAUCCUCAAGUUUACCACAAACACCUAUCUCAUGGUGGUCCUGCCGCCGGGCGAGGCGCGCUUCAACGCCGCCAUGCUCAACUGCCAGAUUGCCAUUGAGCAUUUCAAAUUCUUGGAUACACCUGCGCCUGCGCCAGCUGUGACUGCUGCCUCGACGGCGGCAGCUGCGUAGAGUUGGGAGAUUUUGGGAGACUGAGCGAUGGUUUCAAGAAAAGGAAACUCUAAUGACUUAUGAAGCUGGUGAUUUAAGGGCGUUUCGGGAUAAGAAUAAUAAUACCUUGGCUAUCAUCUGAGUAGUACCCACAACGUUUUGACGUUUGCCUUUUUUUGCUGUAUAUACUUAGAACAGUCCAUAGUGCAGGAUUGCGCAGAAAACCAAAGGAUAGCUUUUUAAUGACUGCCAAAAAGAG